AUGUACGCCUCGAGCAAGCCCGACGUAAACGAAACCGUCGUCGCCGAGUGGACCGAUGCCCAUGGUCAUAGCUACACUCUCGGCUCGCUUACGCCAUGCCACAAACGAGACGCUGGAUUCACCCUGAAGGUGACGACGGACGAGCAGCAACGAGUCUGGGCAUGGUUCAUCCUGGCAGUCACGGUCAAGACGGCCGGUCGAGAGCGGCAGCGGGAGCUAGCUCUUGUCAUCCCGCCGCAUUCCUCGUGCACCUUGUCUUUCGAUGAGCUGGAAAUUUCGCAGAUCCACACGCCUGCCCUGUUCUCGGCUGUUGGAGACGCUCGCCUGUUUGACGCCGGUCGCGUGAUUCGUGCCAACUUCGCCCUCGCCCAGUUUGGCCGUGUUCUCAUGCCCAAGUCCACAGCGAAGAAGAUUGCUCCUGCCUCGCGUACCACAUCGGACCUGCUUCGUGCCCUGCACUCACUAUCGCAAGCACACUCCUUCUCCGUCUACAUAAAGCCCAGCGACUACGCCCGCCAAGGUUUGAAACUGGUGUGCGACCGCAAUCGCAUUGCUUUACCUCCUACAACCUCCUUUGUCAUCGAGGAUAUACUAGACACUCGGACCGCCGAGGUGGAUUGGAGCCUCUUCGGCAUCGACCUCGACCCGGUACCCGAUGAUUCUUCUUCGUGUGCACCUCCACCUUACCUUGGUCCAACGCCUCCGCCCGCUGACUGCGAACCCUUCAUCCCGCUUCUCAGCCCCCCUGUUGCCGGGCCUGAGCAUGUUCCGUGUGAUACCGAGAAGUCGGUCAUCUCGGAGACAGACCUUGAUCAUAAUUCGCAAUUUGACAAGGAGGACAGCGGACGCUCACUACACUCUCGAAAGAGACCACUCUCCCCAAGCUCCCAGGAUGCCCUCCCUUCCACCCGACAGCGCUUGCGCUCAAAUAGUAACAUCACCACUGCCUCCACCCGUGACGCCUUGACCGUAAACCUCGGCGAAUGGGUUGAAGCAGCUCUGACCACCAACGCCUACGUCUACGAACUCCCCCGUCUCCAAAGUCACCUAGAUGUCUGCGCCGCUCAUGCUGUGUCCGCAAAUACCGAUGCUUUUCUCGACGCCCGCGCUGCGCUCAGUGCCGACUUCUUCUACGACCCUGAUGGAACAAGCGUUGCUGGAGAUGAGGACGCCGGCCGCGCUGCCUAUGUUGCUGACAUGGCACGCCUGCUUCGAUGGGCGCUGCGGAAGAGACGGAGCGCCGACGUUGAGAAUUUCGACACGUUUUUGUUUCUUGGGCGCUGCGCUAGAGAGGCUGCACGGAGCGGCGAGCUGCCCGUUGGUGGGAACGAAAACGAGAGCGGUGCUGUGGCAAGCUUGUGGCGUGAUCCGUAUAGGUUUCGGAAGUCGCUUUGCAUUAAUUGCGUCUUGCUUUCUUGUGUCCCGCGUGAUUGUGCCGAUUGA